CAGUGCUACCUUCUACUUCUUCUUCUUCGUUGUUGUUAUUAAAUGUAGUUAAUUUGUUGAACUAGCUUCAUUACCACCCUCUACCGACCCUCCGCUGCUAUUACGUUCUAAAGCUAGAUAGCAAUGUUGCGUUCGUAGUUGAAUAGGAAAUGGAGAAAUACUUAGUUACCAUAUAAAAAAGUACGGUUCACCAGUUUUAGAUGGUCAUUUGUUUUGAUGCCCGUGCGCACCGAACUAUUCAAUCGACGCGUCGCUAACGGAAUGACGCUGUUCCAUGGUCUCCAUUUUUCUUUACGGGAUUUCCGAUUGUAACUGAACGCAAUUCUUGUGACAAACCACGGGACUGGUUGCUGGGAUUCGGCAGCCAUGGCAACACAUGGCAGCCAGAAGCUAAUUAUUUAGAAGACGCCAACACAUUGGCGACUUUAUCGGAAACGUUUCAGUCGUUUGUUUAAGAGAUGUACUCUGUGGGACUUGUUGCCAAGUAUGUCUGUAGCCGCCACACGGGUCGGACAGGUAACGUUAGCAAGUCAGAGUUUAACACGGGAACUAAAGGACCGGCUGUCAAACCCAAAUGAACGCUAGCUAGGUUUAAAGUUGUUAACUCUGCUAACAGGCGAAACUAAGCCGCUUGGUGGGUUACUUAACGUUAGCUUAUAUAGGCUAACUAACGUUAAAUACGCUGCUUUCUCGCGAUGUGAGCGACGCGUUAGUUUUCUGGGAGCUGCCACUUAACACCAGUUGAUCGGUUUUAAACUUAACGUCAACACCAAGCGCUUCACGACCGUCAUGUCCGGGGCCCGAACGCCUUCGCAGCCCGGGGCGAAUGGCCUGCUGCGCGGCAGCCGCACCAGGUCUUACGGGAGUUUGGUCCGGUCUCCGCUGUCCCCGGUUCGACAGGGACGCAUUGAACACACGCUUCAGCCAGAAGACACACUGCAAGGCCUGUCCCUGAGAUACGGAGUGUCCAUGGAGCAAAUCAAUCGGGCCAACAGGCUGUACACCAACGAGUCAAUAUUCCUGAAGAAGUCCCUGUCGAUCCCAGUGUGGUCGGACUGGGAGCAGGGCAGUAACCGUGUGGAUUUGGUUGGGGAGGACAGCAACAUAGACUGCUGUGCCGGGCUCACCGGGAGCUCCUCUGAGACGGAGCAACAAAAUGACGGCAAAGACAGGGAAUCGGACCUCACUCCGGUGGAUUUUCUGAAGAGGCUGGAUGGAUUGAUAUGUCAGUCCAAGCACGCCGCCGUCAAAGGAUGCCAGGGCGCAGAGAAGAGGGUCACCGCCAUAGAAGCGGCUUGCUCCAGCAGGACGUCAGACUGGCGGCCGUUGGCGAGGUCGCAGAGUGUCCUUUCACCUUCCGGAUUGCAACAGCAGCAGGCGUCACACGUGUCUGUGCCCCUCACUAUCACCAAACUGACCAAGAACAUGAGAGACCGGGAGGAUGAGAUCUUCCAGUUGUGACAUGCUGUAGAUCAGGGGUCUCCAACAAGUAGACACACUAUUGAUUACACAAUUUCAGUUCUUUUUUUUUUCUUUCUAAUUCGCAGACAUCAUUUUUCACCAAAUGAUCACUUCAAUUCAGAUCAGCUGUCAAUCAAAUGAGUUACGGAGCUUUCAAGCUUGGUUACAUCAGUGAAGCCGUAACAUUUGACCGCGAUGGCAGACUUGCAAGCGGCCUCCAGAUUUGAGUAAGAGUACAAAAAACAGCGAGGCCAAAGAUAUUAUAUUAUUAUUAUUAAAAGAUAUUAUUUUAUGAGGGUCGAUUGCCAAAAGAUUCUGGCGCCAAUUCAAGUCCACAGCAACUUCUCGUGGGACUUUCUGGCUUGUCUUUAGUUCGGUUUUACCAUACGGUCAACAGAGGCUUUGUUUACUGACUACACAAAAAGCCUUUUGCCAAAGAAAAGAUUGAAAUAGAAGUGUUGACUGCAGGGGCCGAAACCUUCUUACAUCACCAUAAAAGUAAGACAGGAAUUACUAACGAUGUACAACUUGGUGCUGUGAGUAGCUCUAUGCCACUUCUGAUUUCUCCAUAGAAGCUGUCAAGGGGUAAAACACGUUGAGAGAGAGUCCGCUGCUGUGGAAUAUGAGGAGCUUCAUACGUCCCGUGUCAAACGUUGAUGUGAGCUGACCUUGUCUCUGCCUGUAGAGAUGAAACCAAUGGAUGUAGUUCUAGUUUAAAGUUCCUAUACACCAGGGGUCACUAUGUUUCACCCUCAAGGGCAAAAACCCCUAUUGUAGUGUAAUGAAUCGUUAAGAUGCAAAUUUGCUGCAAGGACUCACAAGUUGCUUUUCUUAAAAGGCCUUUUGUCCAUGUUAUCCCUGCGCAAGGUGUCACUGGGCCCAACAGAUUAUGAAAAACAAAUAAUAGACAGCAUUUUACCUCACAAAAAUAUAAAAAUGUAUAAACACUCAUUUAUCUAAGCAAUAAGGUCAUUUUUUAUUAUAUUCCUAAUAACACAAGAAUAGUGUUGCCUUCAGUGAUAUAAAUGAUUUCUUAAAUUAACAGGCUAUUAGGUGAUCUUUUCUUUUUAUUGCUUUUAUUAUUACAAAUAAAAUUUGUAUUUAUUUUAUAAUUUAAAGUGUGGCAAACUGGAGUAACCAGAGAACCACAAAACACCUCAGCCCACUGCCACUGUUUUUAAUGUUAGUGGCCAAGUAGAAAUAUGUCAUUAUUCAAACCAUUGAAGAGAUUAAAGCUGUGCUCGCUCUGCUGAUGGGGAGUCCGGAAUCAGGGUGUCUGUGCAUAUCCAUGUGUGUUGGUUUUGCAAAGAUAUAGAGUAUAGAAUGCAAGGAGCUGAAGUGAAAACCUAUUAUUUUUAUUAGAAUGCAAGAAUUGAUGUAAUUAAUUGUAGUGUAUACACCCUAUAAUGCAAUAAAUAAUAGGUGGUGGCUGGGGUUAUAUUUUUUGCUAUUUGCAUAUUUUUGUAUUUGUUUAAAUACGUUUUAGUGUGUGUCCGUGUAAGUAUUCAUUGAAAUGGAUAG